AUGCCUUUUAAAGCAUUUGAUACCUUCAAAGAAAAAAUUCUGAAACCUGGAAAAGAAGGAGUGAAGAACGCCGUCGGAGAUUCAUUGGGGAUUUUACAAAGAAAAAUCGAUGGGACCAACGAGGAAGAAGAUAACACUGAGUUGAAUGAAGAAGGAAGGCCAGUGCGGACUUCCAGGCGGACGUCCCCGCUCUGCAACUGCCACUGCUGUGGCCUCCCCAAGCGUUACAUCAUUGCCAUCAUGAGUGGGCUGGGAUUCUGCAUUUCCUUUGGGAUUCGGUGCAAUCUAGGAGUAGCCAUUGUGGAAAUGGUCAACAACAGCACUGUCUAUGUCGACGGAAAACCAGAAAUUCAGACAGCACAAUUUAACUGGGAUCCAGAGACAGUGGGCCUUAUCCAUGGAUCUUUCUUCUGGGGUUAUAUUGUGACACAAAUUCCAGGUGGUUUCAUUUCAAAUAAGUUUGCUGCUAACAGGGUCUUUGGAGCCGCCAUCUUCUUAACAUCAACCUUGAACAUGUUCAUCCCUUCAGCGGCCAGAGUGCAUUAUGGCUGUGUCAUGUGUGUCAGAAUCUUGCAAGGUCUAGUGGAGGGUGUGACCUACCCAGCCUGCCAUGGGAUGUGGAGUAAGUGGGCACCACCUUUGGAGAGAAGCCGACUGGCUACAACCUCUUUUUGUGGUUCCUAUGCAGGGGCAGUGAUUGCCAUGCCUCUGGCUGGGGUGUUGGUUCAGUACAUUGGAUGGGCCUCUGUCUUUUAUAUUUAUGGCAUGUUUGGGAUUAUUUGGUACACAUUUUGGCUAUUGCAGGCCUAUGAGUGUCCAGCUGCUCACCCAACCAUAUCCAGUGAGGAGAGGACCUACAUAGAGACAAGUAUAGGAGAAGGAGCCAACGUGGUUAGCCUCAGUAAAUUUAACACCCCAUGGAAAAGAUUUUUCACAUCAUUGCCUGUUUAUGCAAUCAUUGUGGCAAAUUUUUGCAGAAGCUGGACUUUUUAUUUGCUGUUAAUAAGUCAGCCUGCUUACUUCGAAGAGGUCUUUGGAUUUGCAAUAAGUAAGGUGGGUCUCCUGUCAGCAGUUCCCCACAUGGUUAUGACCAUCAUUGUGCCUAUUGGAGGACAAUUGGCUGAUUAUUUGAGAAGCAGGAAAAUUUUGACCACAACGGCUGUCAGAAAAAUCAUGAACUGUGGAGGUUUCGGCAUGGAGGCAACCUUGCUCCUGGUGGUUGGCUUUUCCCACACCAAAGGGGUGGCCAUCUCCUUUCUGGUGCUUGCUGUAGGAUUUAGCGGCUUUGCUAUUUCAGGUUUUAACGUCAACCACCUGGACAUUGCCCCCCGCUAUGCCAGCAUUCUCAUGGGGAUCUCAAAUGGAGUGGGGACCCUCUCUGGAAUGGUCUGUCCCCUCAUUGUUGGUGCAAUGACCAAGCACAAGACCCGUGAGGAAUGGCAGAAUGUGUUUCUUAUAGCUGCUCUGGUGCACUACAGUGGUGUGAUCUUCUAUGGAGUCUUUGCUUCAGGGGAGAAACAGGAGUGGGCUGACCCUGAGAAUCUCUCUGAGGAGAAGUGUGGGAUCAUUGACCAAGAUGAAUUAGCCGAGGAGACAGAACUCAACCAUGAGAGUUUUGCAAGUCCCAAAAAGAAGAUGUCUUAUGGUGCCACCACCCAGAAUUGUGAAGUCCAGAAGAAAUGGAGAGGACAGAGGGGAGUGACCCUUGAUGAAGAAGAGCUGACAUCCUACCAGAAUGAAGAGAGAAACUUCUCAGAUUCAGCCUAA